UGUUACCGUAAUACUUCAUAUGUUACCGCAAUACUUCAUAUGUUACCGUUAUACUUCAUAUGUUACCGCAAUACUUCAUAUGUUACCGUUAUACUUCAUAUGUUACCGUUAUACUUCAUAUGUUACCGUAGUAUUUCAAAUGUUACCGUAAUACUUCAUAUGUUACCGCAAUACUUCAUAUGUUAUCGCAAUACUUCAUAUGUUUUUGUUACCGUAAUACUUCAUAUGUUACCGCAAUACUGCAUAUGUUACCGCAAUACUUCAUAUGUUACCUUAAUAGUUCAUAUACUCCACGAAUGUCCGUAG